AGCUCGAGAGGGCUUCGUACUGGAUUGGCUUACAUUAGGGUGAUGGAUGCCAUAUUCCAGCCUCUGGCUGACACUCUGGGCGCGUCUGUUGACCAGGUUGAGCUCAUCUCAUGUCUCUUGAUAUCGUAUCCGCUUGGAAGCGUGUUCAUCCGUCUACCAGCGGGGCACCAUGCCAUAAAACACCUGUUUAAUAUUGGAGUAACAAUGUUCUACCUCCUUGGGAUGCUCGAGCUUUGGUCUGGUGCUGCUCAGCUACUUGGAAGUGUCCUCGCAACGUACUUCAUUGCGAAGAAUGUGAAGAGCUCGAACAUGCCGUGGAUUGUUUUCUUUAUUGUGAUGGGACACUUAAUGGUUAACCAUGUCAUUCGAGCGAUGUUCAACCUGAGCUACGAAACGUUUGAAGUUACCGGUCCACAGAUGGUUCUUACAAUGAAGCUAACGACAUUUGCUUGGAAUGUGUAUGAUGGUCGCCGACCCGAAAAGGAGCUUGACAAAUGGCAACUUGAGAAGCGCGUUGCAGAAUACCCCUCAUUACUGGCUUUCUUGGGUUACUCGUUCUACUUCCCUGGCUUUCUGAUCGGACCGUACCUAGAUUUUGCUUCAUAUACCUCACUCGUUGACGAGUCGCUAUUCACAACGAAGAAAGGGAAGGAGAAGGCCGUUACACCUGGAGGCCGGCGAGUACCUAUUGGUCGCAAACGAGUUGCAUACAGGAAGAUGGUUAUUGGUCUUGUAUUUCUUGGGAUGUAUGUGACGCAGAUCGGAAAGUUCAGCUUUGCUAGUUCCCUAGAAGAUUGGUUUGCGCAGAAGAGUCUACUCUAUCGUCUUGUGGUCAUUCAGAUUUGCGGAUUCUUUGAACGAACAAAAUAUUAUGCAAUCUGGACUUUGACGGAGGGAGCUAGCAUCCUGACGGGCUCAGGCUUCUCAGGGUACGGUCCUAACGGAGAGACUGUCUGGAAUGACGCUGCAAACGUUGAUAUCAUGAACAUCGAGUUCGCACCAAACUUCAAAGUGAUGCUUGAUUCGUGGAACAUGAAGACGAAUGUCUGGUUACGAGAAUGUGUCUACAAGCGAGUCACUCCGAAGGGCAAGAAACCUGGCUUCAGGAGUAGCAUGAUGACGUUUGGAACGAGUGCAUUCUGGCACGGUUGCUCCGGAGGUUACUACGUCGCCUUCUUCUACGGCGGCUUCGUACAAACAGUCGGCCGUCUCUGCAGGAACCACCUCCGUCCCUUACUCCUUCCUCCAAAUAUCGGCAAGAACGACGUUCCCCCACCAACACUCGCAAAACGUAUCUACGACGUCCUCGGAAUAAUGUGCGCAGUAGCCUGCAUGAAUUACGCAGCAAUGCCAUUCAUGCUUCUCACCAUCGUCGAUUCACUGAAAGGCUGGCGAGCCGUGGGGUGGUACGGACAUGUCCUUGUGUUUGGUGGUUUGGCGUUUUUCUAUCUGGGAGGUUCGAGGUAUUUGAAAGGCGUGCAGAUGAGGAGGGUGAAGAAGGUGGAUGCAGGGAAGGUUAAGUCGGAGGAAGUAUCGGGCUUUACUACACCUGAACCGAUGACUCUGCCUCCUGUGGAUAUUGCACUCGAAGAGGUGGACAAGAAGAUUUAGAUUUUGCGGAAUUAUCUUGGUUCACGGAGGUGAUCGCUCCCAGAUACACACAUUCAAAACUAUGGCUCAUACAUGUCUUGCAUAACUGAAUUAGAUGGUUUCUUGGAUAAUUACGUUUUUGCUUUCUCUAGAUAGAUGGUUUGUUUUCUUAGUUUC